AUGAAGCUCACCGCUGCCCUGCCCGUCCUGGCCGCCGGCCUGGCCAGUGCCUCGCCCCUCACCUGCCCGCCUGUCCACAUCUUUGCCGCCCGCGAGACCACCGCGCCCGCCGGCUACGGCACCUCCAAGGGCCUCGUCGACAUGGUCGUCCGGGCCAAUAGCGGCGCUACGUCCGAGGCUAUUGUCUACCCGGCCUGCGGUGGCCAGAGCAGCUGCGGCGGCGCCAGCUACGACAGCUCGGCGUCGCAGGGCACGGCGGCCGUCGUCAAGGCGGUGACGGCCCUCAACACGCAGUGCCCGGACACCAAGAUUGUGCUCAUCGGCUACUCGCAGGGCGGCCAGAUCAUGGACAAUGCGAUCUGCGGCGGCGCCGGCGCGGCGCUGACGGGCGCGGCGCUCAAGGCCGUCAAGGCGGCGAUUUUCAUGGGCGACCCGCACAACACGGCCGGCCUGCCGUACAAUGUGGGCACGUGCACGAACCACGGCUUCUCGGCGCGGCAGAGCGGGUUCCAGUGCUCGCCGGGCAGCCCGUCGAUCAUCCAGUCGUACUGCGACUCGCAAGAUCCGUACUGCUGCAACGGCAACGACGCCAACCAUCACCAGCAGUACGUCAGCAUUUACGGCCAGAAGGCCGCGGCGUUUAUCCAGAAGCUGCUGGCAUAA